CUGUAGUCUGCACUAAUAUCAUGCCAAGUCCAAAGAGGAUAUAAUAAACCGCAGAAUAGGUUCAGCAGAUCUUUCUCUUUUGUGGAUAUUUAAGGUAUAAACAUGGACCAGGAGGACCGCUCUCCACUCAAACGCUUUGUUCUGGCCAAAAAGAAAAUUGGUGAUGUUUUUGAGCAGCUGCUUAUUUACGUUCAGGAAUGUUCAUUGUUUGUUAAAGAUACGUGCUCUAAUGAAUCGUUAGAGCAUAUAGCAGAACAAGAUCAGUUGGAUGAGAUAGAAGCGUACACUAGCAAACUAGCAGUUAUAAAAGAAGUGCUGGCCCGCAGACAUAUGAAAGUGGCUUUUUUUGGCAGGACAAGCAAUGGAAAGAGUACUGUUGUCAACGCCAUGCUGCAUGACCGAGUAAUGCCCAGUGGUAUUGGCCACACAACUAACUGCUUUUUGAGUGUUGAGGGCACUGAUGAAGACAGAGCUUACCUAAAGACUGAGGGAUCUGAGGAAGAGAAGAGCAUCAAGACGGUCAAUCAGCUGGCUCACGCACUGCACAUGGAUGACAGUCUUGAUGCUGGCUGUUUGGUGAAGGUCUUCUGGCCCAAAACAAAGUGCGCCCUUCUAAGAGAUGACCUAGUACUCAUGGACAGUCCUGGAACUGACGUCACCACACAGUUGGACAGCUGGAUCGACAAGUUCUGCCUGGACGCUGAUGUGUUUGUGCUGGUGGCCAAUUCUGAGUCUACGCUGAUGAACACAGAGAAACACUUCUUCCACAAAGUAAAUGAACGCCUUUCGAAACCCAACAUUUUCAUCCUGAAUAAUCGCUGGGACGCUUCCGCCUCUGAGCCUGAAUACAUGGACGAAGUGCGUAAGCAGCACAUGGACCGGUGUGUAAACUUCCUGGUGGAGGAGCUCAGGGUGGUAGAUCGCCAACAGGCUCCCAAUCACAUCUUCUUUGUGUCUGCCAAGGAGGUGCUAAAUUCCAGAAUGCAACGGGCACAGGGUAUGCCAGAGUCUGGUGGCGCAUUAGCAGAAGGUUUCAAGGAGAGACUAAAGGAGUUUCAGAGUUUUGAGAGGACAUUCGAGGAGUGUAUCUCGCAGUCAGCAGUGAAAACAAAGUUUGAGCAGCACACAAUCAGGGCAAAGCAGAUCACUGAAAGUGUUAAAGACAUCAUGGAUCAAAUCCACAUUGCUGCCGCUGAGAAGAGGGUGGCCUCUCUAGAAGAGAGAGAGUAUCUUAAGGAUAGAUUGGAGUUUGUCCGAAAUCAGCUCAACCUUCUCACUGAGGAUAUCAAAAAGAAAAUUAAGAGGGUCUCGGAGCAGGUGGCUAAUCAGGUAUCAAAUGCCAUGGCAGAGGAGAUCUGUCGGCUCUCAGUGCUCAUCGACGAGUUUCAUUCAGACUUCCACCCAUCCGCUCAUGUGCUAAAGAUAUACAAAUCAGACCUGCUUAAUCAUGUGGAGAAGGGAAUGGGAAAGAACCUGGCUUUCCGCUGCUCUUCUGCCGUCGAUGCUUCGGUGCAGUCCUCUCAGAAAGAAAUGAUUGAAUGUUUGCAGCCUUUGCUACCACCUGAUACUCGGAACCAGAUCCACAUGCUGAUUCCUUCCAGAAAGUUUGACCUUAGCUACGACCUGAACUGCGCGACACUCUGUGCCGAUUUCCAGGAGAACAUCGAGUUUCGGUUCUCUCUUGGAUGGACGGCUCUGGUCAGCCGGUUCCUCGGCCCAGCCAAUGCCAAGCGCGCCCUCAUGCUGGUGGAUCAAAACCUCCCGCUCACACGUUCUUUGGCCUCCACUCCAGUAAGUGGUGCCAUUAUACAGGCUCCACCCCCUACAGCUGCUGCAGUGACUCCAAACCAAUCCCAGGCUGUGGUGAGCCAGGAGGAGCUCAUGAUGUCUAUGGUUACAAAUCUGGCUUCCAUCACCUCACGUACUUCCAUGAGCGCGGUCAUCAUCGGGGGAGUGGUAUGGAGGAUGAUAGGCUGGAGAGUCAUCGCUCUAUCCAUGAGUCUUUAUGGCCUAGUGUACUUUUAUGAGAGGCUCACAUGGACCACCAAGGCUAAGGAAAGGGCACUGAAGAAGCAGUUUGUAGAUUAUGCCACUGAGAAACUCCAGAUGAUCGUCAGCUUCACCAGUUCAAACUGCAGCCACCAAGUACAGCAGGAGAUAGCCAGCACGUUUGCCAGGCUGUGCCAGCAGGUGGAUGUAACCCAGCGGCACCUUGAGAAGGAAAUCAGCCGGCUGACAACAAAGAUUCAACAGCUGGAGACCGUCCAAAGCCACGCCAAAUCACUGAGAUACAAAGCCACAGAUUUGGAGAGAGAGCUGGAGAGCUUCACAAGCCAGUAUCUCCAGCCACAGAAUUGAACUCUUCAUUGUCAAUAUAAGGCCACCUGCCACAGAACUUUGAGUUUAUUCCACCAGGAAGGAUUGACACAAGAUGUGUAGCAGCUGUUUAUCUGCACUUUACAAAUAUUAUCCAUGAAAAACUGUCAAACACUUGCACCGUCACGGGUUGGUUUCUGGCUUUCUUACUGUGAAGAGUUAAGUUGUGGUUUUAUUGCUGUGUUUAAAUGAAAUCUGUAAUGUAAUAAUAUUGAUUACUAAACUCUAAAUACCCUACUGUAUGUACUGUUAAAAACAUGAAGAAAAUGCUGAAAAGGACUGAGCUAUAAAAUUGACUCCUUGGCACUUCAGAAUAUUGUAAACACGUUUUUCCUAAACAAAACCAGAUUACUUUGUUCGCAUCCAGCUGACUUGACUAAUCGCCUUUUUCUGAACCAUAGUUUCUAGAAGCAAAAAGGGGAAAAAUUAGUAUUUUCAGUGCCUAUUUUCUAAAAUCUUUUUAUGAUUGUAACUCAUUGUAAAGACUUGGUUUUUGGGCUCUGUGAUUUGUAAAAAUAUGAAAUUAAUUAUGAAUUCAAUUAAAAAAAAUCCUGAAAAUUAUUAUAAAACUUAUUAGAUAUAGAAAUUAUUAUAGAAAACAUUAUUACACUUGAUGGCUUGGAUUUAUUAUCUAGGUUCUAGGACAAUAUUGUAUUUCUUCAAAAGUAUAAAAUAAUGUGGCAUUAGGUAAUUAAGUAAUAACACACCGACAAGCCACCUUAUUUCCUAACAUUUCAGCUGAGGAGGUGGGAUAAGCGAAUGGGCUGGCUAGCAGCUGAGGAUUCUUAACAAUGACAAACUAUUUUGUAUAAAAAUGUAUAUUGACUAAAUCCAAUAAACAGUCAUAUUUUUGGUUAGGA